UGUUCUGCCCCGUCCUGUCUUGUCUUGUACCCCCUCCCUCCCCGUCUUGCCCCAACGUCCCAGUAGUGGACGUUACAUGUCGACUCAUGGGAAUGCCGGAUGCGGUGUGAACGCUGUGUGGCCACCAAGCUCGAUGGUCGACGCUGCACACGCACGACCUGCAUUGGGGUCAAAUACUGCUACUCCCAUCUGGCGACGGUGAAAAACCUGCGCAUCGACGACUCCACCAUCCCAGGCGCAGGAAAGGGGCUGUUCGCAUACAAGCAUGUGCCCGCGAGCGUCUACGAUGACGAAGAGCGCGAAAGGCUCGAGAAUGCAGUCCUGUUCAAGAGAGGCCAAGUGAUCAUCGAGUACGAUGGGCAGCCCAUCCCUGGCCAAGAAAGACGUUCCCGAUACGGGAACACCAACGCCCCAUACCUCGUUGAACGCCGAAUCGGGCUCAACGCGGGACGCUAUGAAGAUGGUGCAUGCCGGAGAGGAAUCGGAACGCUCGCCAACCACUCGGAAGACGGCAACGAUGUCAACGCAAAGCUCGCCCAGGACAGGGGAGUCGGGGUGGUGCUGAAGGCACUCCGGGACAUUCAUAAUGGAGAAGAAAUCUUUAUUGAUUAUGGCGGUGCCUUUGGGCUGGACGACGAAGAUGCAGUGUUUGGUACGAAGCGCAAGACCAACACACGCGAGCGAAUCGCACGAAGCAGGACAUGAAGGGCCUGGCACUCAGUCCUUGGAGAUCCAGGCGGGCAUCUCCCUGCCAGGAGCAAGGUAACGCAACAUGAGUGCAAUCACAGCUUGGUCGAACCCACCAUCUUCCACACAUGCCAUGGUCACUGGAUCGACAGUGAUGUUUUGUGCCAGAUUGAUCACGAUGCUCUCCUUGGCGCAGACCUCAUCCCCCACGAGGCGAAACGAGCCGGGCCACGAGUCGACACUGACGAUCGUCUUGAUUCGCCCCAUGUCGAAAGGCACAUCCCCC